AGGCGAUUGGGGUGCGCUUCCUCGCUCGCCACCGCUGAGUCGGUUCGCUUAGCUUAAUUAAUUAGCCAGACAAGGAGCAGCCAUGGAAGAGGAUUCGUCCCGAACCCUAACCCCAACCCUUCCUUCCCUACCGCCGGACCAUGUCGCCCCGCUGCACGUCCCAACCGUCGUCGCCAUCGCCGCCCUACCCCCGCCGCCUGCCAUCGCGCCCAUCCCUGUCCCUCGCGCCACCCGGGCCCCAUCUGUCGGAUCCGACUCCGACCGUGAGGGCUCGCUCUCCCGGCCCUCGGCCGACGACUACGAGGUCUCUGAGGAGAGCCGCCUCGCCAGGGAGCGGCAGGAAAAGCUCGUCCAGGAGCUCCUCAUGAAACGCCGCGCUUAUGCCAUGGCCGUCCCCACCAAUGACGCCGCUGUCCGCGCCCGUCUCCGCCGACUCGGGGAGCCCAUCACUCUCUUCGGUGAGCGCGAAAUGGAGCGCCGGGAUCGACUCCGUUCCAUCAUGGUCCGGCUCGACUUGGAGGGUCAACUCGAUCGCCUCCUGAAGGUCCACGAAGAUGAGCAGGCUGCGGCAGCGGCUGCCGGUGCCCCUGCUGAGGACGAGGGUCCACAGCAGUACCCCUUUUACACGGAGGGACCGAAUGAGCUUCUUGAAGCCAGGGUAGAUAUUGCCAAGUUCUCAGUCGCCAGGGCGAAGGCAAGAAUCGCGAGGGCGAGGAGGAGGAGGGACGACCCUGACGAGGACGAAGAGGUUGAGGCUGAGUAUGCAGUGGAUCAAGCAGGUGGCUUCAUCCUUGAAUGUAGUGAGAUCGGGGAUGACCGUCCACUCUCUGGGUGUUCCUUCUCUCAUGAUUGCACGAUGCUCGCCACAAGCUCAUUUAGUGGAGUUGCCAAAAUAUGGAGUAUGCCUCAAGUAACAAAGGUUUCAACUUUAAAGGGUCACACUGAGCGUUUAACUGACGUGACAUUCUCUCCCACGGAAGAUAAUCUGGUAGCAACUGCAUCCGCUGAUAAGACUGCAAAACUAUGGAAGAGUGAUGGGUCUCUUUUAAAGUCAUUUAAUGGACACCUAGAUCGUCUUGGACGUGUUGCAUUCCAUCCAUCGGGUAAGUACAUUGGUACUGCUAGUUUUGACAAGACAUGGAGACUCUGGGAUGUCAAUACUGGGACAGAAUUACUACUUCAAGAGGGUCAUAGUCGAAGUGUGUAUGGGGUUUGUUUCCAUCCUGAUGGAUCUUUAGCAGCAUCUUGUGGCCUUGAUGCACUUGCUCGUGUAUGGGAUCUUCGUACUGGGAGAAGCAUUCUUGCAUUUGAAGGCCAUGUUAAGUCGGUCCUUGGACUUAGCUUUUCUCCAAAUGGUUAUCGCUUAGCCACUGGUAGUGAGGAUAACACUUGCCGCAUAUGGGACCUGAGAAAAAGAAAGUGUGUAUAUACUAUACCAGCUCAUUCGCAUCUUAUUUCACAAGUAAAAUUCGAACAACAGGAUGGGUACUUUCUGGCUACUGCUUCAUAUGAUACCAAAGCAAUGGUUUGGUCAGCUCAAGAUUUCAAGCCUAUUAAAACUUUAUCUGGUCAUGAAGCCAAGGUUACGAGUUUGGAUAUCACCAGUGAUGGGCAACAGAUAGCAACUGUAUCGCAUGAUCGCACUAUCAAAAUUUGGUCCAGCAGAAGCAACGAAAAGAAGAAUGAUAUGGACAUGGAUUGAAUUUUGUAUCUGAUUGUCAUCUGAUCAGUUUUGACUGCUGUUCCUCGUGUUAUUGAAGCUAUCAACUUUAGGUAAAACUUACCACUUUGGUCUUUAAACUCUGAUGGUAAUACGACGGAACCCCAAGUGUAAGAACCCAAGGCACAAGUUUAUGUAAAACUUACCACUUUUGACUGCUGUUCCUCGUGUUAUUGAAGCUAUCAACUUUAGGUAAAACUUACCACUUUGGUCUUUAAACUCUUAUGGUAAUACGACGGAACCCCAAGUGUAAGAACCCAAGGCACAAGUUUAUGUGAGCUUAUUCAGCUGUGAAAAGCUCUUAAACUGUCUUUUAGAUUUUCUGGCCAAACUGUUGCUGUUGUUGUAGUUCAGGAAGCUCAGCUUUAGAUUUAUCCACUCAUUUGAUAUAGCUCAUCAUGUAUGUCAUCAUCACUUUUUUGCCUUGUGGCAAUCAACUUGUAAUCUAUGUGAUAGUUCUGAGUUCA